AUGAGCCGAGUCGAUGUGCUGGCGGAUGACCGCGGCCUCCAGGGAUGCUUCAAGGUGGCAAACAUCCAGCAAGAAUGGGCGCAGGACUUUAUCACCAAGCACAAGUUGGUCACCCUGGACGACUAUAUCUACUCGGUUGCCCAUGAUACAUGGGAAAAGGGUGUGGAAACCUUGGUGUCCCAGGUUCCCACCCUCCGGGACAACAUGAUCGCGCUAGCGCGGUUUCGUAGCGCUUUUGACAUUGGCCGAGAAGCCUUGCGCCAGGCUGCAGCGCCAGCAACGAAGAGUGCCGAUUUGGACGAGCCUCUGCCAGAGGCGACUAUGAAGUCUCUCAACCAGGAUUGGGCUCGCCGGUACAAUUUGCAGCUGGAUCCGUCGUUGGAGCCCUGUGAGGCCCUCCGGUCCAGGCUCUACCGAGAGUUUCGGAAAGGCCAGCUCACGGUCAUUGAGGCUCGCAAAGUCAAGAGCGUCAUCACAGUGGCCCAGCCCAAGACACAAGGGUCGGUUACUCUGGGAGACAACCUCCACUUGGAAUUUGAGAAGGAGGAGGGUAUCCUGAUCAAGAGCUGUGUGGAAUAUUACCUGCAGAUGCGGGUGCUUGCUCAUGCUUUGGCAUGGGCGGGCAACUACCAGGUGGAUUAUGAAGGUGGGCGCCACUGGAUGAUGGACCUUUCCACCGUGCUGGGCUAUGUGGAUGUCGCCUUGCGUAAUUCUAUCGAAUUCGCAGGUGGGUCCAUGUUGUGGCUGCAACGAAACGACGUGUUGACACGGGGCAAGCUGGCGACCUAUGUCAACAGAGGCAUGCCAGGUUCUGUGGCCAUGAAACAGGCCUUGCACGAGACGCACUUCGAGUGGCGGUCUCCCUUGGCUGCCCCGCUGGUGGUGUCCUCUGGGUCUGGGUCCCCAGGGACCACCAAGCGGAAGCAAGAAAGCAGCCCUCUGCCUGUGGGUGAGGCACCGACCAAGCGGCCGCGCACCUUGAAGGCAGAUCGGUGGGCCACAGUGAGCAUGAUCAAGGGCGGUAAGCGAUUGUGCAAGCCGUACAACGACGGCAGGGGGUGCAGCAACUCGCAGUGUGAUCAGAUGCAUGCCUGCGAUGUGAAACUGCCCAACGGAAAGCCUUGCUUGUGUGCUACCCCCGGGGACCCAUGUCUGGAGAUAGCUGCUGCGCUGCCUGCCACGCCUGUUGGACGGGCCCUCCAGCGACCAGUUGACAGAGCGAGUGCUGACCGCCUCCGGGCGGCAAAGCCAGUGGCAUGGCGAGGUUUGGGGGAUCUGCCCCAGUUCACGUGGGCCAAGCCGCUUGUGGGGUCAUGGUUGGUGAUCGACCUUUGGGCUGGCUUCAGUGGGCUGUGUGUGGCCCUCCUUGCGAUGGGGGUGCGUUUUCACGCAGUGGCUGCGGAAAACGACAUUUUCCCUGCCCAGGUGGCGGAACAGAUCAUGCUGCAGGUGGUUGCUGUUGACGCGGUGGAAACUGUGACAGGGACCAUGUUCCGUCCUUUUCUGCAACGUCGGCAAGUCAGAGGCAUUAUUUUAGGCGGAGGUUCCCCCUGCCAGGGCAACUCUAUUUUGAACACUGGCCGAAAAGGGUUGGCUGAUACCCGAAGUCAACAACCUCAAGAGUUGGUACGUAUCCGCCAGGAGCUGCAAGACCUCCCAGAAUGUGCGACCCUGGAGAUUGUCACGUUUUUGGAAAACGUGGCCUCUAUGCCCCGCGAAGUCAUGGACCAGUAUACAGCAUGGAUGGGCUUCCCACCUAUCCUCAUCGAUGCGGGCGCUUGCGGAUGGGUGCAACGGCGCCGGCUGCUGUGGUUAGGCCAGGGUCGCUGCGGGGUGUCUCCUCGUUGCACUGGGACCGAUCCCCCCGAGCUGCGCUGGAAGGGACCCAAGCCAAUCCCAGCCAAGGUUCAUUUUGAUCAGAGUUUUGGCCCCCUUUUUGAUGCUGCGGAAGUAGUUAAGGCUGCGGGACAAGGGGCUAUGCAUCCGUUCACCAGGGAGUUUUGGCACCCCUCUGAUCGGGUCAAGCUGGUUCCGCCAGAGGCGGCUGCUAGAUUCUAUCAAGAUGAGAGGCGGUUUCCCCCCUCGGCCUACACAGCAGAGAGUUUGCUUUGGCGUAAGGAUGAGUGGCGUCAGCCGGGGCCUGAGGAGCGUGCCCAGAUGAUGGGGUUUCCUGCGCAGUGCGGCGGUGCGUCGCCAACGCCAAAACAGUAUGCUUGGCAACGGUUUCCACCUGCCGAUGAUUGUGGCACUUUUCUGCCUGCUUCCAGGUGUGUUGAGUAUGAAGGUACCGCGACCGUUGUUUGA